AUGGGUACUCUGAAUAAUUAUCUCGUUUUUUUUUUUUUAUUACUAAGUAUUUCCUUAAUAUCCAAUGAAAAUUUAAAGUCUAUUAACAAAGACAAUUCUUAUACUUUAUAUUUUAAGAAUAAACAGAGAUAUGUAAUUCAUAGAGCCGAAGAAUCUCCAUAUAAAAAUUUUCUUUUAUAUGUUGAAGAAAUUUAUCAAGCAACUGUUAUUUAUCCCAUUAAAUAUAUUUUUGAUAUACCUUUGAAAUAUUACGAAAGCCUAAUAUCAUUUAAAAAAGAGGAUAUAAAUAAAAAAAACUUAAAAGAAUUUUGUAAAGAAAAAAAAAAAAUAUAUGAAAAUAUAGAUAAAAUACAAAAUUGCUUUUGUUGUUAUGGCCGCCAAUCUCUUAUUUUCCCAAUACUUUCACAUCUAAAAUAUAAAAAAGAAAAAUUUUAUAGUAGUAAAAAGGCUCAAGAAGAUGUUCUAAAACUAUCUUGUUUAAAAAAAAGUGAAAAAAAAUAUUAUGGAUUUUUUAUUCAGAAAAAUUCUAACUUUUUUAUGUUAAAUGUUACCUUACAGCAAUUUGAUUUAAAUGAUGAAUAUUUUAUAAAUAUAAAUGAUAAAUCUACAUUAGAAAGAAAGACAUAUUUGUUAGAUCCUUCUAAUUCUGAAAUUAAUGAUGAAAUAUUUAAUGUAAAGUUAAAGUUUAAUGUUGAAAAAACGUACAAAAAUGAUUCCAUUGAAGGAAGCUAUCUUUUUAUAGAUAUAGAUUCCUUUAAAGAAAAAAUAAUAUUAAAAGACUCUUUUACAGACAAUAUUAUUCUAGAGAAUUCUAUUAUUGUUAAUUCUGAUGAAAUUGAUGAAAAAGGAGAAGAAUGUAAUAAAUUAACUCCAUAUCCAUUUAUAUGGGAACAUAAAAAAGGAUUUUGUUUACAAAAAAGAAAUGAUUGCUUCAAGAAGCAACUUAAUUAUUUCUUAAAUUUAGAAAAAAAAAUAGAUCCUAAAAAAUUAUUAAUGAAUAAUUAUUCUUUUUUUAUGAUAAAAAAAUCACAUUUGAAUAAAAUUAAUAGUGAAGAUAAAUUACAGAAUGAUAUAGAUAAAACGAAAAACGGUGAAAUAAAAAAAGAAAAUAAUGAAAAUAAUGAAAAUGAUAAAAAUAAUGAAAAUAAAGAAAAAUAUGAAAAUGAUGAAAAUGAUGAAAAUGAACAUAUAGAAAAUGAAAACAAAAAUGUAGAAGAAAACAAUGAACAUAUAGAAAAUGAAAACAAAAAUGUAGAAGAAAAUGUUAAAAUAGACAAAAAUGAAAAUAAUGAAUUAGAUGAGAAAAAGAAAAAAAUAGCAAGUUUUGAAAAUGAAAAGAAUUUUAGAAAUAUGAUAAAUAAAUCAAAAGAUUUUAUAAAUUUUCUAGAAGAUAAUUAUUAUCUUGGUAUAGAAAAACAAAAUCACAAUUUUAUUAAUAUAAAAUCAUAUAAUGAUGAAAAGUUAAAUAUAUUUUUUGAAGAAAACAAUGAAGGAGAAUCUGUUUCUUUUAUUCACAGUUUAAGUAAUUGUUAUGAUUUUAAUAAUGAAUUAGAUAAAUUUUGUACUAUAUAUAUAAGUAUAUGGAACAAAGAAAAUAUAGAUAAGGAAUUAAAUAUUUUCAUUAAGUGUGAAAAACAAAUUGUUAAAGAUAUUUCUAAAUUAAAAAAAACAAUAUUUUUAUGUAAAAAUUGCGAAAAUACAGUAACUAUAAAAUUUGAACCAAUUGUUGAUCUUCUAAUAACUCCUUGUAGUGUUUUAAUAUCCAAAAAAACAGAGGAUGAAAAAAUAGGAAAAAAAAAAAGAUUAAAUAAAAACAAUAGUAAUGAAGAAUACUUUUUAUUUAAUAUAAGUGAAAAUGAAAUAAAGAAAGAAGAAAAUGAGAAUAUUAUUAAAAAUGUUACUCUUAAGUUUGAUGUACCGAAUGAAAUUUUUGAAAGUCAUUUAAAAAAAUUAGAUUUUCUAGAAGAUAUAGAAGAUACAUUUCUAAUUUAUAAAAAAAAAAUUAUUUAUUUUUUAACAAAAUCUGAAAAUAUUAUAAAACUUAUUAUAUUUAUUUUAUUUCUCAUAGUUUUUUCUAUAUUUGUUAUUCCUAGCAUUCCUCUUUGUAAAAAUGUUAUAAUAAAAUUAAAGUGGUAUCAUAAUUUGAAAACAUUUAGAAUGUUAUUAUUAUGGAAAAUACACGAUAUGAUUAGAGUAACAAAAAAAAUUCCACGUAAAACAUGGAGAUUUAUAAAAAGAAUAUCAAAAAAAAUAAGAAGAUUAUUUUAUAAAAUAUUUUUAAGAUUUCAAAAAGAUCAACAGUUAAUUGAUCAAAAAUACAAAGAAAAUUUAGAAAGAAAAAGAAGAAAUGAAGAAAAAAAAAAAAUUAUGAAAAUCAAAUAUGAAAAAAAAAAAAAAGAAAAAGAAGAAUUGAAAAAAAAAAGAUAUAAGAAAUUAUUAGAAAAUGAAAAAAAAUUCAAAAUAGAUAUGGAAAAGGAGGAAAAUAAAAAAAGAAAAAAACAAGAAAAAAAAAGGGAGGAACAGGAAAAAAAAGAACAACGAAAAAAAGAACAAAAAAAAAGAGACGAACUAAAAAAAAGAGAAAAAUAUAAUAAAAAAGAAUCUACAAAAAAAAACCUACAUUCUUAUGAAAAAAACUAUGAAGAUUUAGAAAAAAAUUAUAGUUCAAAUUAUUCAAAAAAUUCUAACCCAAAAAAAGAAAAUAAGAAAUAUCGUAAUGAUAGUAACAAUAAAUAUACAAAAAUAAAUAAAAGUAAAAAUCAAUUAAAUCAAUUAAAUCAAUUAAAUCAAUUAAAUGAAUUCAAUGAAUUCAAUGAAUUAAAUGAAUUAAAUGAAUUAAAUAAUUUAUAUAAUAAAGAAUCCUAUAAUAAAGAAAAAAAUUAUUAUGAAAAUGGAUAUUCUGAUUAUUAUGGUCUAAAAACAAAAAAACAGAAUUCAAAUCAUCAUAAAAAUAAAACAGACAAAAGAAGAAGUAUGUCUUGUGGUAUGGAAAAAUACAACUAUUCUAAUUUUGAUGAAAUAAAUAAUUGUAUUAAUCCUACUGAUAAUAAAAAUAUAUUUAAUUAUAGAAAAAAUAAUAAUAAUUAUAAUAAUUUAAAUAACAAGGAAAAUGAUAUGAGAAAUAUGCAACAUAUAUUGCAACAGCAUCAACAACAUCAACAACAUCAACAAACAAUAAUGCAACAACCUUCAAUUAUACAAACUCAAAAUAUGCAACCUCAAAUGUUGACACAACAUACCUUAAUGCAACCAGCGAUUAUACAACCUCAAGUUAUGCAACCUCAAGUUAUACAACCUCAAGUUAUACAACCUCAAGUUAUGCAACCUCAAAUUAUGCAACCACAAGUUUUACAACCUCAAAUUAUGCAACCACAAGUUUUACAAUCUCAAAUUAUGCAACCACAAGUUUUACAAUCUCAAAUGAUAUCACAACCUACCUUAAUGCAACAACCGCUAAUCCAAUCUACAGUUAUUCAACAACCAUACUACCAGAAUCAGUCAUAUAUUAACACAAAUCAAAGAUAUUAUUAA